AUGGGUGUUGGUGGACACAAACAUCAUUUUAAUGAUAGUCAUAUUGAAAAAGAAAUGAAAGGAAUUGGUGAUGCUGAUCCAUUAACAAAAUUAAAAGAAUUAUGUAGUGAAGAUCAUGCAUGUGAAAAAUUUAAAAGUCGUUUACAACAAUGUACGGAUAGGGUUCAAAAUAAAUCAUAUACGAAAGAAACAUGUAAUGAAGAAUUAUUGGAUUUUCUUCAUUGUGUUGAUGAAUGUUGGUCACCACAUAUAUUCAAAUAUUUGAAAUAA